GUUUGCCUGCUCUGCCUCGUCGAAUAAUCGCGCAAGCAGGCUGUGGCUUGCCAAGAGCAGUCCUCCACAGCCAAUGUCAGGGCCCUUUGCCCUGUAACAGCCUGGUCAGAGGGUAUACAUAGGCUGCCUCGUUCCUCUUGCAUCUGCUAUUCUCCCCUAGCUCAUCCCUUCAAACCACGCUUGAACCACACCAUCAAUUUCUAUUCGCUCUUGCGCACCUUCCUCCAUUGGCAUCCGAAUCUAUGGACAGCUCCUACUUCGUGGAUCGUGGUUUCCACGAAUUUCAGAACAACUACCCUCCCAAUGGUCUCAACAGCAACCACCUGAACAUCUUCGGUCAGCAGUCACAGCAGCGACACAGCGAACAAUACCAACAUCAGCCGCUCUCACCGGGCCAGCCUAGAUCCCGCGGCUCGAGCUUCAAUGGCUCGCCCACUUCGCCUACCUCAGCUCACCGGUCGUCCAUGUCUCAGCCUUCUGUAACCCAGUCGAAUCAUAGCUACUUCUCCAUUGGUAACACCGGACCCCUGCCUCCAACACCUUCACCGGUCACUGCGACGUACGAUAUGUCGCGAUCCGAUUCGAUGAAUUCUGGGUUCGACUAUGGGUAUGGAGGAAAUUACAACCAGAUGUCAAUGCAUGGUGGGAAUGGGAUUGUGAAGCUGAACGACUCUGAAAACCACCACGAGGUCUGAACCGUACCCUGCAGUUGCCUGAUAUUCCUGGCUCGCACCACCACCGCGUCCAGAUACUCUUUGAAAUUCGACAUG